AUGCAUGUACUGCACUAUAUUAUAUUGUACAACAUUCUAUUGCCUGUUCUUCUUUGGGCGAAUGCAGAAAAUCCAGUUUCGUAUCGGAUUGAUUGGGAAAGUUCUUCAUCCACUUUUCCUGAUUCGCGUAAUUUGGAAUCUUCCUACCUAGGUGAAUGCGUAUGCGAUAUGACAUUGGGUGUCUGUGACCCCAAUUGUUGUUGUGACACGGAUUGUACUGUGGAAGAGAAACAGAAAUUUUCAUUUUGCCUUCAAGAAACCGUUGGAUCUUUUUCUAUGGACUAUUGUUAUGAGAAAAAACAGGAGGAAAAAGUUGUUCGGAGUUCUCGGCGGUACCUUGACAGAGCCAACGUCGGAAGUAGUGCCGUUUGUAUUGUUAGGUCCAAUAAUUUAGAGGACUUGAAUUCUUUUUUUGUUCUUCCAAAAGAAGUGCCAAAACCUCGCGAGAAGAAAUCUAUUGACUGGCCUGAGAGGAAAGAAUCAAGUGGAUAUGAGGUAAAUGGGGAUUUGUUACUGAUGAAACGCAUAGAGGUUGGUGAAUCAUUAUAUGAAAUGAGAAGUAUGGGAUUAUUUCGCAUUCCAACUGGAAGUAGGGGUGGAUAUUGCAAUCCAGAAGGAAGACGGGUACGUUUUAUGAAUCCCAUAGAUACAACGGCUUGUGUAUUACCAGGUGAAAGGGUUUGUACACUCUUUUCAACAAGCAUUUACGCAAAUUUGUUUUUUGUGAGCCCCGGAUAUUCUUCUUCCGAAGUUUUUACACCCAUACAACUACGUAUUUUUAAUCAUACAUCUGGCAAAUUGCUUGCUGAAGUUGAUUCAAAUUCAAGCAUCCCCGAAGUUUACAGCUCUGUUGUUAACGGGGAUUCUUGUCAAAAUGGAGUUGUUCGAGUACAGACUGUUUUGUUUUACAAAUCAAACGAUAAAGGGCUUUCAUUGAUAAAUGCAACAACAGAUUUGUAUAUCAACAAUAUAAAUAGAGAAGCAAUUUUUCCCAUGUCAUUUCAAAUAAAAUUUUUUCGGUCUGUUGCUGCUAUAAAAUUGAACUAUUUUUCUGGUACUCCAGGUUAUUUUGAGGGCUCGCGUUUGCGGGCGGGUACACUGGUGGAAAAGAGUGGUAAAACGGCAAUAUUAGAGAGAGUUUCCGGAUUUUCUGUACCUAGUGGUGGCCGAUCUUGCUAUAAAAAUAAGUAUCGUACUGUGGGUUUCCUUUAUGAUAUUUUAAGCAGUGGUUGCACAAUUGCCUUUUCCGAACUAGAAUUACGUGAUAUUUGUUCAGGAGGCGGGACGGCCAAAAUACUACGCAGUAUUCUUAGUAUAAAUGUGGAACAUUCUACUGAUUUUGAUGGGCAAACAAAACCCAUAGAAUAUGUGGCUCGUACAAAUGAUGCACUGACGAAUGACACUACGAGCUGGAUAAAAAUAGAUGGGAUGAAUUUUAGCGAUAUUACACCUGAUCCUUAUGACCCCGUGAAAAGAGAAUGUCGUAACAUUUAUGUCGGAUUACACUAUAGCUUUGUUUUAUCUAAAGUUGGUGCUGAAAGUAACCCUCAGGAUAUCAUCGUGGCUGCCUUUGCUGAACCCAUUAUCGGUAGUUGGAGAAUACGGAAUACGAGAAAUUUUGGUGAAAACGCCAAAUCCACACAGCAUUUUCUUUUUUCUGUUUCCUUUAAAUGGAUUGAUUCGGAUUUACAGAAGAAACGUCGUCGUCGGGUUAUUGCGCCAGCUAUUUUACCCCGUUUAGAUGAAACAGUUUUAUAUCCCUUUAAGGCUCCUGGAUAG